AUGCCUUGCCAGUUCUAUUUCUACGACUGCAGCGAAGGCAUACCAGAACCAGCCUCUGAGGAGGUGGCGGCACAAACCCCAGAUGCUGCUUUUGUCACUUCACACACCGCUACAGAGUAUGUCACUCGCGAGGAAGGCGCGCAUUUCCCGCGGGAUGCCCAUCCUCCCGCCAGCCCCGCCCAGCACCGGGCACCUCGGGGCGCGGGCGGUGGAAAAGCCACCAAAACCAGCCUAAAGCGCCGGCUCCAGGAGGACAAGUCGGGCCGGCAGCCGCGGACACCAGCUCAUCGCAUCGCGUCGCAUCGCUCCGCUCUCCCGAGAGGAGGCGGCGGCCCAGGGCCGCCCGGAGGCGCUCCGCUCCGCUCCGCGCCGCCGCCACGCAAAAGAUACCCUUCUUUAGUUUUUGGGACACCCAAAUCAUCCAAGAGCAUUAUUGGGAAAAGCAGUCCUCUCUGGCAAUACAUACUGGAUCACUCUUUGCGGGAGCAUCCAAUUCUAAAGAAGCUGCGACUGCUCACCACUGAUCAUCCCUGGAGUAAAAUGAUGGUGUCCUGUGACCAGGCUCAGCUUAUGGCAAACCUGGUCAAGCUCAUUAAAGCCAAGAAAGUUAUUGAAAUAGGUGUUUUCACAGGUUAUAAUACAUUGAAUAUGGCACUUGUCCUGCCAGAUAAUGGCAGAGUUAUUGCCUGUGAUAUAAAUGAGGACUAUGUCAAAAUUGGAAAGCCACUGUGGAAGGAGGCAGGAGUAGAGCAUAAAAUUGACCUGCGGAUUAAGCCAGCAAUUCAAACACUUGAUGAACUGUUGGCCAGUGGAGAAGCGGAAACCUUUGACUUUGCUUUCAUUGAUGCGGAUAAAGAAAACUACAACGAGUACUAUGAAAAAUGUUUGCGCCUCAUAAAGAAAGGGGGAAUAAUAGCUAUUGAUAAUGUCCUUUGGAGUGGAAGGGUGCUAAAACCAAGAAAGGAUGACUUGGCAACCCAGAGCAUCCACCACCUCAAUGAGAAACUUCUCAGAGAUGCACGAAUCAAUAUCAGCAUGCUCCCAAUGGGGGAUGGAGUCACAUUAGCAUUCAAGUUGUAACUGGAAGAAGCCCAGCAGAUGGGAAACAACAAGCACCAUCAAAUCAUCAGUAAAAAUGCAGGCAGAGCAGUAUCAAAAAUGGUUAUGUAACCCAUAUCUCCACUGGAUAGCAUAGCCUGGGAAAGUAGACUUUAGGAGCAGCAGGAUCCUAAGGGCAGCUAAGUUGGAAGGAGAGACUUAUUUUGAGAUCUACUGUGGUUUCUUAUUUUAAUU